GUUCUCCGGAAGAACAAUAUGAACCUACUUACCCUGCUGCUGCUGCAUUACCACCUUCUACAAUUGAAUCUGGUACAUUUGGUCAUAUUAAUGAAGCAAUUCUUACCCAGGAAGAUGAACAUUCAAUUUUAUAUUCCGGAAAAAGAUUUGUAUCAUUGGAUGGUUUUAUUCGUCAAUGUACUUUUUUAUGUGAUCAUAGUAGAUCAUAUGAGUCUACUUCAGAUCAAGCUAUAAUUGUCAACAAAGUAAAAGAUGAGCACAACCAUAUGUUAAGUCAAGACAUAAUCGAGUUUGAAGAUGGUAAAAAAUUCAUGGAUCAAAUGAUAGAGGAUGUACGAUUUAUGACUACAUGUUGUAAGUUUGGUGCAACAACACAGAAAAAGUUCUUGGAGGGAAAAUAUCCUUUACACCUGGUUUAUUCAAAAGACCUUUAUGCUGUUAUGCGAAAAUUUCAGCCUACCAAAAAAUUUCUAUUUGAUGAUGCUGCAAAAAAAAAUUUUGAACAACAAUUUAAUAAACUUUUAAUGGAUUAUCCUAGUGCUAAACAUUAUCUUGAAGAGCCUUUCUUAGUUGCCGAUAAAUUUAUGCAAGAAAUUGAGCCUAUAGUACUGAAUUAUAAUGGAUGUAUACCAUAUUUAAGUGUGUUUGAUCAGACUGAAACAGACUUUCAUGAAGAGAACCUGACAGUACUUGAACAAAAAAUGUGUAUAGAAGAUUCAUUACAGGACAACAAGUCGCAGCAGCUUAUUAAUUUAUUGGAAGAAUUUGUUGAAAUAGAUAGUGACAAGUCAUCAGAUUCUGAAGAAAGUUUGCAUGAUAAUACCAGUGAUAAGGAAAAUCAUGAUUCUGUAACAGCAGUUCAAAUACAAAAUCCCAAAAAGCAUCGAGGCAAAG